AUGCUUCGACAUUAUCGGUCCUAUCGAUUUCGGAAAACCGCUCUAUCGUUCCCCCUUAGCAGACCCCGUCGAAAUUUUGCCACCACCCACCCCUCGUAUGCCUCGUUAUCCCAGUUGCGACCGGUGCCGACAAAUGUGGAAGAUCUCUGCAAGACGUAUCCUUCAGCACCUCCUUCUCUUUUCGUUACUCCAUGGCGUGAGCAAGGCUGGAGAGAGGUGUUGGGGAGGGUCCCAUAUAGCUCCAUCACAGAAAACGCCCAGGAGAGUAAAAGUUUCGACUGUACAUAUGAACUAGAACUUCCUGGUGGCUUGAAACGCAAGGCAACACUCGCCGCCGUUAGCAAAGAUGAAGCACUACAAUUGGCAAGUAAAGAGCUUGUGAUGGCCUUACAUGUUGACGGAACCUGGGGCAAGAUACUCCAAAAGAAGGACGGCUCGGGAGAUAAAGUGAAGCCCUUGUUGGGAAACAAGGUGCAGAAGGAAGGGGCUGGACGCGUAAAAGCUGUCUCCCACCUUCCGUAUGUGACGGAAUUGUAUGACUGUUGCGCGUCAGCUGGAUCUAUUCCGGAUUUUCAUUUCUCGCAGUCACGCCAAACCUGGCUUCAUUCUCACUGGUGUGGUCUGCCCGACGGCAGCUUAGCCGCGCAGGGAAUAGGCUCAAAACAUGUUGACGCCACGCUACGUAUGUUGAAGUCGUACAUAAAGAGGUGUCGGCAGGCUCAGUCGUCGGAGUCUGGCCAGAAACCGAGCUAUCCAAACCGUGCGAAUUCGUUGCAGUUCAUUGCAUAUUGCUAUAGGGACCGAGAAGUACAGCAAGAUUUCCGAGUUUUCAAUGACAAGGCACGCCUAGAAGUUCGUUGCCAAGCUCUGGAGUUCGGACUAUUCGGGACUGUAUACAUGGAUGGGGAGAAGAUCAGUAAUAAUCUGUAUGGCUGUGACAGAGCAUUCUUCAAGAGACUCGCAGUCUUGGUGGGAGCGGUCCACCUAGCGAAACGGAACCCGCACCUAUGGAGUGAGUUCGAGGCUGCCUACGCAGAGGACCCGGCGCAGUUUCCAGCACUAGACCGGAACGUCGCCAUGAAGACACAUGGAGGUUCAGUCCGUUUGAAUGAAGAACUAGUUGAACCAACGACUGUGAGGUCAAAUGUGCCUAUCCUUAGAAAGUGGGGCUCGUCAAUUCCACCCCAAGUCGCUGUUGAGGUAAAGAGCGUGCACGCAGAUGCGCACGUUGCUGACAAGGGGGAUCAACCGCAAGUCGUAGAGAAAGCAGAGACAGAGACGCUCGUUGUCGAUAACGUGACUUCAUCCACUCAACCCCAAGUUGUCGCGGGACUAGAAGAUGUGGACGCAGAUGUGCUCGGCACUGAGAAGGGGGCUUCUCUCUCUCCAAGCCAAGUAGCAGCGGAAGCAGAUAAAAGAACGUCGACAGACAGCUUUUUGGAGAUGUUUAAUCGCACCUACAGAAUCGAUGGCGCUCCUAAAGGAGAAUUCGUGUCCCCAGUCGUGGAAGUGGUGGCGACUCCUGAAAUGGUAUCAAUCAUGCAAUCAGCCUCCCGAGGUGUUCUGCACGUUCCCGAGGGCGGAACAAUCGAACAGCCCGUUUUUCAUCAGAAUAAAUACGCAACUUUAUCGAAGGUUGCUCCUAGGACAAGGCUUGAUAAGCGAAGCUGCCUGCUGAAAGCGCGCCAGGCCGCGCUUGAGUCAAAGAAAUGGAUGCAAUUAGCACAAGGUACAGUGCUAGAGUCCCUCCCAAUCAGAAAACAUCACGAAGAGAUUGUCGCAAUGGUUCAGGAAAAUACUUUUAGUAUCGUGGUGGGCGCUACGGGGAGUGGCAAGACCACCCAAGUCCCCCAGAUGCUGUUCGAGGAGGCAAUCAGUAGGGUUGAAGGUUCUACAGCUGAAAUCAUCUGCACGCAACCACGUCGUAUCGCCACCAGCGCUGCUGCCAGACGAGUUGCCGUCGAACGCAAUGAAACCAUUCAGGAGACAGUAGGAUACUCUACUAGAGGCGACUCGAAACUACCUCGGAGAAAUGGAAGCAUCACAUACUACACAACAGGCUCUCUUUUGGCUCGCCUUCGGCAAAGACCAGAGCAAAUGAUGGCAGAUGUCAGCCAUAUCAUUAUAGACGAGGUUCACGAACGUGAUAUAGAUGUCGACUUCCUCAUGGUGACAUUGAAGGACAUUCUUUCAAAGCGUAAGGCUGCCGGUGACAAGAUACCAAAAGUCGUUCUCAUGAGUGCCACUCUCGAUGCCGACCUUUUCUCAAACUAUUUUGGCCAACAAAUGGACGAUGGGUCUAUCAAACCAUGCCCUUCUAUUUCCAUACCUGGGCGCACUUUUCCUGUUAAUGUCAAGACCCUGGACGACAUUGUCGUCGAAAUGAAAGACAAAGCGGAUAUGAAUGCUUGGAAAUCAUUGAUUGGAACACCUGCAGUCAACCGUUUUCUUCGACAGGAGGGAUUAUCAAUAGAUCGCAAUCUGAACAUUUCGAACGCCGGGGCUAUUUCGGAUGAUGAUUCUCAGCAUCAGGUCGACACGCGUGGCUCUUUCCCCCUACUAUGUGCGACCAUCCAGCACGUUUUAGAAACAACUUCCGAGGGAGCAAUACUUGUCUUUCUGCCGGGAAUGCAAGAUAUAUUAAAUAUCAAUAGACUUUUACGGCAAUACCAGGCACGUGCCGACUUUUCUGUGGAACAGCUUACGAUCUGUAUGCUUCACUCGAAGCUCAAAGAACAUCAAGAUGAUGUCUUUAAUGAGGCUCUCCCUGGCCACAGAAAGGUAGUACUUGCGACAAAUAUUGCCGAGACGUCACUCACAAUCCCCGACGUUCGGUACGUAGUUGAUUCUGGCCUUCAUCGUGACCUUUCUUUUGACCAGGUAACAAACACGACGACCAUGGGAACCCAGUGGGUUAGUGCCGCGAGCUUAAAGCAACGUGCUGGUAGAGCUGGACGCGUUGCUGAAGGUCAUUAUUAUGGCAUCUUUUCCAAGGCACGUCAAGAGUCCUUAGCUCCAGCCGCCUUGCCUCAGAUGUUACGCUCAGACUUGCAAAUGUUAUGUCUACAAGUCAAGACCCGCGUGCCUGAAGGCAAUAUUGCUGAGAUUCUUGCGAAAGCGAUUCAACCACCGAAACCCGAGGCAGUAGAAGCUGCGAUUCAGCAGCUCAAAGACAUGGAAGCUUUGGAUGAUAGAGAAAACUUCACCCGGCUAGGAACGUUGCUUGCCUCCCUAUCCGUUCACCCUGCUAUGGGUAAAUUGGUGGUCCUUGGGAUCCUCUUUCGCUGCCUGGAUCCCAUGUUGAUAGUGGCUGCUACGGUACUGUCGUCCAAAUUCUUUAUUACCCCAGCACAUGGUCAGGAUGUGGCUCGGAACGCGAGAAAAGAAUUCAGUCAGGGGACUAAAAGUGACCACGUUGCUUUGAUAAACGCUUUCCGCUGGGCGCGCUCCAUUCGAAGACAGCCAGACUUUAACAUUAUGAUGAGAGGACAAUACCUUGACACCUACGCGUUUGACGAGAUUAGUAGGAACAUGCUUAGUAUUGAAGGGAAACUUGUGGAUGCUGAACUUAUACCACAUACUUCAGAAAAAGAACUGCUCGAGUCUCAGCGUGGCCCUCCAUCACUGAACGAGAAUUCCAACAAUCUUUCUCUCAUCAAAGCACUUAUCUUGGCAGGGGCGCCCAAAAACAUCGGCGAGAUGGAAAAGCCAAACGUGCUUUACAUAUCACCGAAAAAACGUGUUGUGACAGCACGGUCUUCGGUCUGUCAACUUAGUCGCACAAAUCAAGAUGAGUCCAAGCAAUGCGCCUCACUAUAUUCAUAUGGCGUGUUGUUAAAGACUGGCAGUAACGGUGCCGCAAAUGAGCUCAGUCAGUGCUCGCCACUGAUUGCAGCAUUAUUUGCAUCGCAAGCCAGACUGCACACAUCCUGGUCUGGCGUCGAUCAGUUCAUUCUCAAUGACUGGCUGCCUUUGGGAUUGCGGGGAAUCAACGGGGUAACUGGCACGCUCGCCGCGAAAGAAAUCAUGAGCUUUCGUGCAGGUCUACAAACUAUCUUGUCGAAGGCUUCAGGGAACUCUUUGAAGCCAUUUGACCGUAAAAGUGGCAGAUAUCUUGCUGACGAUCCAGAGACCAUCGAAUUCACUGCCAAGUUGGUUAGGCUUCUUGAGAUUAAUGACGUUGGAACGGAAAAUGACAGCUGGAGUAUGAUGAUCGAUUCGAUCUUGAUUGACUCUGAGAAUGAUAUGAUGAGUCAGAUGGUGGGAGGAGAAUAA